AUGCCUAGCGAACGCAGAAGUAUCCACUCCAACGCCGGCGGUUCGUCCGACCCCAUCACCCAAAACACCCGCAUCUCUAACAACCAGUGGCUCGCAGACGAAGUCUACCCAACAAUCGGCACCUCCCGCAGCAACAGCAACUCCAGAUCCCAAAGCCGCACCCGCAAAACCUCAUCUCUCGACUCCAACCGCAGCAGCAGCAGCAGCAGCAGCAGCAGCAAAGCAUCCCCAGACUCUCCCACCACCACCAUGCGCCCCCGCGACAUGCCAUCCGACUCCAUCGCAUUCACAGAAGACUACAAGCCCGCCAACAGCUCCAAGCGUGACCGGUCCAAGUCGCGGUCGCGAGGCAGUAGUCAGGUUUCGACGUCCCGGAGUCGGAGUCGAUCAGCUUAUGACACGCAUCGCGUCCCCGCCGAGCAGAGGGUGUGGACGAGUGCGAAUGAUAAGGAGAGGAAGCAUGGGAAGUUCAUCGAGAAGGUGUUGAGCCAUAAGUUGUCGCCGUCUUUUUUGAGGUAG